GAUAUCUGCCAAGGUCAUUGACAUCAUUAUUUAAGACCUAAAGAGUGACGUCAAUAGCAAAGACGUAAAGAAUGAAUCAACAUGUGAAAUGGAUGGCAAUGGAACUGGCUGUAGUGGAGUUAGCCAGCCUGAAAUAAGUCGUGUCAGGGAGGAGGGCCAGGAGAGCUUCAUGGACGUAAAUGCUGAAGAUGAGGGGACUCUUGGCUCAGACUAUACUGCCGUCACUGAUGUUAAUAAAACUGUAGGACAGUUAUCUCCAGCCGACAGUGACUCGCCUGAUUUAGGUGAUUCCAGAAUAUCAUCUAUACCUAACAUACAAGAUCCAUUUUAUCUGCCACCUUCUGAGUUAGAAGACAAGAAGCCGACGUUUUCUAACUGUCAAGUGUCAGAUAUUGAUGAGAACGUGUCAACUGCUGCGAACCCCUUGUCCAACAGUCCUGAAAGACCAGCAUUUUCGGGCAGCCAGGUGUCAGAUACUGAUGAAAAGGUGUCAACUGCUGCUGACCAGUUAUCCAAGAGCACUGAAGGGCCAAAAUUGGGUUUUCGCUUAUCAACAGAGGCCACCACAUCACGUGCUGCUACUCCAUUGCGAAAGCGGCUCAAAUUCUCUGAAGAAAGCUACAACACAUCAGCUGCUCUUAAAAACAAAGAACAUAAAAUGAUUAUGAACGUUCAGAAAGCUAAACUACAAGCUCAGGAAGCAAAACUUAAACAUUUAGAUAAGCAGGAACUGAUUGACGCUGAAAAGCUGAAACAGAUGCAAAUGCAAUCUCUCCUGAAUGCGCACUUGCUGGAAUCAGUAACACAGUGGAAGGAGAUUGCAGUAUCUGUACAAGAAACGGUGGAGAAACUGAAGAACUUUUAUCAAGUGGGAGAAACUUCUAUGGCAGAUAAAAACUUUAGAAAAGGAACUCCCGUGACUAAGAAGUCUGUAGAUGGAAGUGUGCAUCUGAAGCCAAAGGAGAGCUCGUCCUCAGUCCUGGAGUCUCUGUAUGAAGAUUCGGCAUUUGCAGAUGUAACCUUAACAGCACAGGGACAGUCAGUGAGGGCACAUAGGGCAGUACUGUCAGCAAAGAGUCUGUAUUUCAGAGAAGUUUUACAAGCCAAUCCACACCAGCACCCAAUUAUCAUUAUGCCUCUUGAUGUACACUUUAGGGAUCUUCAAGCAAUCAUCAGCUAUAUAUACAAGGGUGAAAUAACUUUGCCCUCAGAGAAUCUGAAAUCCCUUCUGAAGACUGCUAAUGCCCUGCAAAUAUCUGAUUUAACCAGAGUAGAUGUUUUGGGUAUGACAGCUAUUGAAGAUAUAACAUCCUGCAAGACAGAAGGAGUGCAUUCUCAAAGAGCAAAUUCCAUUAAUGAGCACAAGGAGGACAUACCGAGUCAGCUAUCUCUGCCUGUUAUAGCAAGAAAAGAUAAACUGCAUGACAACCGGGCAGAAUGUGCAUUUCUACUGGGCAGUAGGAAAAGACCAAGAGAAGAGGCUUUCUCGGAGACGGAACUCUUGAUGCCUGCAGAAACCCAAAGCAAGACCCCAAGACUAGCAGAUGAUAACUACUCAGCGACGCCAGAUGAAACUUCAGUGUUGGCAGAGGUCAAGGUGGAAGAUUUUGAAGAGUACGAGGAGCACGAAGGACUAGAGGACUACACAGCAGACGAUUAUAAGCACUGUGACAAGAGCCUUCUGCAGUCUGAACAGUUUCCAGGCAGCCACAGUGACACAGCAUACUCCAUUUCUAUAAAAGAGGAACCAAUCGACUAAAAUAUAAUAAAUACUGUAGUCAGUUCAGGACCAAGUUCCACUAGUCAAACUGACCCACGAUACCUGAGCUUUCAUUAUACAUUCUCAUCUGGGCAUAAUGCAUCGGGAUGGCUUCGAACAGUUUUAGUGGUGCUAUGCAUGUAUGAUUUUAAAGUUUUGAAGAUUGCAGAUUAAACAUAUGGGAAAAGGAAAAAGUACUAGAGUGGAAACAAGGCUUGUGGAAAAACUAGCUUUAAAGAUCAGUGUAGUAGCUGUUAUGUAUCAAAACCUCUUGAAAUGUGCUACUGUGA